AUGAUCACGAAAACUAUUGCCAUCAUCGGAUGCGGAGGCAUGGGCUUAUCCAUCGCUCGGCGCCUCGGUGCUGGCCGUCGACUAUGUAUCGCCGACUUCUCCGACGGAGUCCUCUCCGCCGCACAGGAAACCUUGACAGACGACGGUUACACGGUAGAAACAUUUCAGGUAGAUGUUUCUGACUAUGCAUCCGUUAGCGGCUUUGCACAGGCGGCUGCAUCACAAGGUCCCAUCGAAGGAGUCAUCCACACAGCCGUCGACCUCCUCGGCACCGCCAACGCUAUUGAGGCAUUCUUGGAAGUGGCGCAGUCUGGAACGAGCAUGGUCUGCAUAGCCAGUAUGGCCGGUCACAUGGGAUCAGGCUUGCCAUCGGAGCUCGAGCGUCAUCUUGCUACAGCCUCCAGGGAACAAUUGCUGGACCAUCCCGCUUUGAACAUUGAUCCCAGCGACCACCAUGGACCUGCACGGGCGUAUGGUCUUUCGAAACGUGGAAAUAUACUUCGUGUCCAAGCUGCCGCGAAAAUUUGGGGGCGUGUUGGGGGAAGAGUAAAUUCUGUUAGCCCUGGAGUAAUCUCUACAAGGGCUGGCAGACAGGAGAUCAAUGGUCCAGCUGGCAAAUUUAUUGCCAUGAGCCCUGUUGGUCGCGUGGGCACACCGCAGGAUGUUGUGAAUGCCGUGGCAUUCUUGGCGAGUUCGGAGUCGUCUUUUAUUACGGGCAAUGAUAUACUAGUGGAUGGUGGGGUCGUGUCAUCAUUAAAGUGGGAUAGUUUAUAG